AUGAAACGAGGCAAAAUCGCUAGUAAACUUGCCAUUAAAAACAUUUUAUUCCAUCACUACCACCAUCACCACCACCGCGACACCUUCCCCUCUAGGGACGGCGUAUUUGAACCAUCCCACCUUCAAUCUAGCCCUACCGACUACUCUCAAGAGUCCGACGUUAGCUGCACCAACACCCCCUUGAACCCCAACCACAACCUCGCCAACAAUAAAAAAGGCGGUCAAUAUCAACACCAUCGUAACAACAGCUUCUAUUACACACCCCUAAGGACUUUUGAUGGUACGGAUAGUUUUGAAGCUAUUUACAAGGUGCUAGAGGCCGUGUCACCUCUACCUAGCAAAGAAAAACGCGGUGUCCGACAGCUAAGGAUUACGGAUUCACCAUUUCCUUUGCAAAGUGAGGAGGGUUAUGAUCGUCGUGUGGAUCAAGCUGCCGAGGAUUUCAUUAAGAGGUUCUACUCCCGGAUUGAAAAGCAAGUUUACGAUUAA